AAGUGUGAUCGCACCAUAAGGUGUCCAAACGUGUCGAAAAUUUGUAACAAAAUACUUGAUACGAAUACGAAUAAAGUUUUUUGAGUGUUUAUUAUUUUUAUAUCUCAUAAUUAAUAUAUAAUAUAAAGUAAAAAAAGAAGUAAAGAGGAUUCUUAUCAAUAGAAAUUUCUAACAAUGGAAUAUUCUGAAUCUUUUUCUUUAAAGCAAAAUCUUCAUGAACGAACUCUUUCAGAGAUUAUACAAAGAAAUGAAGAACAAAUAGAAAGAUACACCAAUUUUCAAAAGCAAUGUGAAACAAUCUUGGAAGGUCUUCAAAUUUUACCAUUAGAAUUAUCCAUAAAUUGUAUGAUUCCCAUUGGGAAACAAGCAUUGAUAAAGGGUAAAUUAAAACAUACGAACGAAAUUUUAGUAUGCCUGGGAGAAGGAUACUUUGUCAAAUACUCUGCAGCACAAGCUAUCGAAUUAACUAAGCGUCGAAUAAAACGUACACAAGAAAAUUUAAUAUUAUUGAAAUCGGAAAGAGAUUUAUUAGAAUCGCGACAGAAUUAUCCUUUAAGUUAUGGAGCAUUUGAGAAUAAUAUAAAUGAAGAACUUGUCGAACACUGGAGUGAUCAAGAUUUGACCAAUUGGAGAGUUCAACAUAGACAAAAGGAAAAAGAAUAUCAUGAGAAAAAGUCGAAAGAGAAACAAGUGAAUAAAAAUUACCCACUUACAGAAGAAGAAUUAUUUCAAAGACUAGAUGAACUAGAACUUGAAGAGGAAUUAACUGAUGAAUAUAACAGGUUACAUAUUGAUGAUGAUGAUGAAGAUGACAGCGACGAUGAUUACGACGAAGAUGACGACGACGACGACGAUGAUGAUGAUGAUGAAGAAGAUGAUGAUGAUGAUGAUGAUCAAGAAAAGGAAGAGAUAGAAAAUCUAGAAUCUAUACAUUCAUACAAGCAAUUAAGCAAAAUGAAAAAGAGCUCAACAUGCAAUCAUACUGAAAAAUCGCGAGAUAAAGAUAAAUUAUCAAACGUCAGAAAGGUGUCCUUUCUAGAUAUCUGUGAUGAAGACAAUUGUGAUACGAAGCCAUUAAAUAUUGAAACUAACUCAAACGUUGAAAAUUUAAAAGUAAAUUAUAAUCGUGACUCUAGUAAUACGUCAAAAAUUAACAAUUUCGAUACUCCUUCACCAUCACACGACAAUGAUGAAAAUGUCAUCCAUAAUCCUACAGAUAUUCACAACGUAUGUUUUCAACCCAAGUCCAUUUUAAAACCACCACGAGAUAACUCAAAUAGAAAAGAUAGUAAUUUUCCUUUACAAGAUUAUUCGACAGAUAAAUAUUUCGAAAGUGAUACAACAAAAGUGUCAACAUUUGAAAAUUUGAUCACACAAACAGUUCAAGAAAAAAAACAGGAAUUGACGCAAACACAUAUUUCUGAUUCUGUAAGUAAGAAAAAACCUCUUAGCAGAUUUAAACUAGAAAGGGUAAAUAAGUCAUAAUAAAUAUUAAACAAGUUGAAUAAUUUAAUAACACGAUUGUCAACUUUAAAUAAAUGAAAAAUUUUUUAAUAAAAUAUUUUAUUCUGAUAA